AUGGUGGACCACCAUCUGGAAGUCAUCGAAGAUCGCGAGGCCAAACUACAACGGCUUAAAGCCUUGAUCCAGGUCUAUCACCUGAUUCAGGAGAAGCAGAUGGUGGUCGUCGCCAAUACGAUCAAUGUCCGAAGAAUACUGGACAUGAUCUCGGGGACUUUUGCUGGCUCUGACUAUCGGUGCUUAGAUCAAAAUACGCCAGAAGCGAUCCGUAUGCAGAGUUUGAGAAGCUUUGCGCUGGGCCAGACUUCAAUGUUGUUGAUGACGACAGAUGUCUCUGCUCGGAAGGAUUUCGACUUUGGGAAGGCGGCAUCUGUGCUAAUCAACUUUGAUUUCCCCAUGACCUUGCAGCUGUACCUCUACCGCAUCCAGAAGCGUGCAGACAGUGAGACCCACGUCUACACCUUCUUCUCGCCCCACGAUGUGCGACAUGCCAAUUCGCUGGUCAUUGUGCUCGAGGGCGCUGGACAGAAGGUCCCUGAAGCUCUCAGAAAGAUGAAGGAGCAGGUGAAAGCGGAGAUCAAAAAGGAAGACAAGGGCCACCGGAAGGGCAAGCCAGAUGGCGAAGAAGAGUCUGGAAGCAAAGGCUCCAGACGGCCAGACGGUCGAAAUGACCGCAAGGACCACAAAUGGGACGACAAAGCACCCCGAGACUCCCGAAGAACCAGCGGUGAGCUCAACCAUCGCCGCCCGAAACAGCACGACGAUCGGCCACCUGAGGGCGCCCGUCGGAAGGACGCCCGCUGGGAGGCUGAGUCGAAAGAGCACCUGAACCGUCGGGGGGGCGAGAGCGGCCUGAACCGUCGGUCCGGCGCCGCAGGCGGGUCGAGCGCGGGCAGAGGCUUUUCGGACACGUAG